AUGGCAGUUCCCCGUAAAGCAUCCAUCACAGCUGCGGAUGAGAAUGUCACUUCAGUCCUUGGCAGACCUGGUGACCAUAUAUUGAUCGAGGAGGGCGCCACCCAAGAUGAGAUGGUUCUGGGUGCCUUGGGAUACAAGCAAGAAUUCAAAAGAGACUUCACCAUUUGGGAGUCAUUUUCGGUUUCGUUCUCCGUCCUGGGCCUGUUGCCCUCGGUCGCCUCCACGAUUUCAUACAGCUUGGGAUACUCUGGGACCGGCGGUGCUGCAUGGGGGUGGCUAGCAUCUUCCAUAUGCAUUCAAGCCACCGCCUUCAGUAUGGCCGAGCUAUGUUCCAGCAUGCCAACUGCCGGAGGGCUUUACUAUGCGUCUGCUGUUCUCGCGCCGGAAGGCUGGGGACCUCUCGCCUCCUGGUUCGUCGGCUGGUCGAACUUCUGUGGCUUUGUGACCGGCCCAUGUUCAGUCAACUACGCAUUGGCAUCAAUGCUGAUCACAUGUGGCAUGAUCCAAUACCCAGACUACACCCCCCAAACGUGGCAUACCUACCUGGUCCUGCUGCUUUUGCUCAUCAUCAACGGAGUAAUCACCAUGCAGUCCACCUGGUUCAUCGGUUGGGUCAACAAGAUUGGGACGGUGUGGAAUGUUAUCGUGAUCUUGAUUUUUGUCAUUUGGUUUCCCGUCGGCUCGAUCAAUCAUCCCAAGACCAACAACAGUCACGACGUCUGGACCCAGUUCGAGAACGGCACCGAAUGGCCUAUCGGUUGGGCCACGAUCAUGGGUUUCUUGACCUCGAUCUGGACCAUGUCUGGUUAUGAUGCGCCAUUUCACCUCUCGGAAGAGUGCUCCAAUGCCAACAUAUCAGGUCCCAGAGCCAUUGUCAUGACAGCUCAGCUAGGGCUUUAUCUCGGCUUCGCGAUAAUUCUCGUCAUCGUAUAUUGCGUCAAGGACAUUACCGAUGUCACCGCGGGCCAGUAUGGGCAGCCUUUCGGCAGUUUGUGCUUGCAAGUCCUGGGAAAAGAUGCAGGACUGGCAAUGUUUGCCCUGAACAUCGUGGCACAAUUCUUCGUGGGCGUGGGCUGCACCAUCACUGCGACCCGCGUCAUUUUUGCUUAUUCUCGGGAUGGCGCCAUUGUCGGUUCGAGGUAUUGGAAACAAAUUCAUCCCAAGACCAGAACACCGGUUUAUGCUACUUGGGGGGUGCUGUUCGUUUCAGCCCUGCUCGGGUUGUUGAUGUUUGCAAGUCCCGUCGCGAUUGGCGCUGUAUUCAGUCUGGGCGCCAUCGCCCAGUAUACUGCCUUUACGACGCCAACUGCGUUGAAGCUGUUUUUCGACAAAGGCCAAUUCAAGCCAGGUCCCUGGAAUCUUGGCAGAUGGUCGAGCUUUUCGGGCGCUGUUGCAGUGGGAUGGUGGCUGGUAAUCGUCCCAGCUCUAUGCUUCCCUGCUGUCAAAGGAAAAGACCUUACGCCAUUGACAAUGAACUGGACGGCACUCAUCUAUGGUGGCACGAUGUUGAUUGCACUCAUCUACUAUGCGGUCAGUGCCCGGAAAUGGUUCAAAGGGCCUCGCAUCAAUGUUGAAUAUACGCACGACGAGGCUGAGGUGCUUGAGGGACGUGUGCCACAGGAAAGCGCCGCAGAGCACGAAAAGCAGUACCAAGGUAAACGGGACUGA